AAAGGGCAUCCAUCGGGCCGGCGAAGGAACCUGAGGUACAAAAGGGUCAGCGCUUGGACCCCAGUCAUGCGUGCAGAGCUUUAGUCUGUCUGAGAGGAAAGGUGGUGCUGGGAGCCAUAUUCCAAGGCUGGAACCAGGACAAAGGGGAGACUUCAGAUUUGGAAAGGCUCCAGUCUCAAGCUCUUAGCCCCUCCCCCAGGUUAAAAUAGGGGAGUCCACUGGGGGUGGGGGCGGGGCGGGUGUGUGUGUGGUGAGUGGUAGCUCAUGACUUAAAUCCCAGCACUGAGAGGCAGGCGGAUCACCCGGUUCCAAGGCCUGGUCUACAUAGUGAGUUUUAGGACAGCCAGGGAUACACAGAGACACUAUGUCUUGAAAAACCAAAUUAACUAAUUGAUUAAUUAAAAAAGAAAGAAAGAAUGGCUAGUCCGUGCCUGGAGGCUGAUGCAGGAAGAUUGCCUCGGAUUUGAAGCUGUCUGAAGAAUCAAAACAAAACUAGGACCUCCAGGACCUUGUGGAGAGACACAGAUGUUCGCCUCUUUGUAUGGAAAAGGUUUGUGUACCUUGCUUAGCCUUGACUGCUUUGGGAAGAACAGGACUCAGCCUUCCCUGAGAUGACCAAGGGGAAGCGACAAUGCCCUCACACCUUGGGGCUCAGCAGAAGUGACGAUGGCUGGACUUGGAACAAGAAGCCUGCAGAGGAGGCCUGCCAGCCAUGGCUGCUUGCUCUUUUACAAAGAGGGUAUGUCCUGAGAAGGAGAGGCGUGGAGGUGUCUGGAGUGCCUGCUUUCCAGACAGGGCUGGAGCUGAAUGUUUAAGGAUGCCUGAUCCGGAGUGUGCUUUCUGAGUUACCUUUACCAGCAAGACCCAAUGGCCCAUGCCUUUAAUGCAGCAGGUGGAUCUCUGUGAGUUCAAGGACAGCCUGGUCUACACAGCAAGUUCCAGGACAGCUAUAUUUCUAGGCAGCAUCCGCCCACCACCACCAGUCCAUUUCCAAUGGAAGUCCUGGACGAGUUCGACAGCGAAUUCCCCCUGAGUGUGACCUUCUGCCAGCUCAUUUCCGAGGAUGAUUUCGAGAGGCAAGCAGCAACCUACACCGAGCGCGCGCUGCGACGCCUCUUCCGCGCUUUGGAUCGCAACCCGGCGCUGGCGGAGAGGGUCGUGCGGAAGGGCAAGCAGACUGAGCUCGAGCAGCGCGGGCUCCUCUCCAGCCUCUGGGCGAAGUUUGUGUGCACUGUCCAGGGGGAUCUAAACCAGUGUAACAGCAUGGGUGCCCUGGAGAUGCACCAGCGCCUGGAGCAGCUGAAGAGACGCAUCCACCGCGUGCAUCUGUAUUCCCAGGAUGCCAAGAGGAGGAGGAGGAGGCCGAAACCAAAGAAACCAGACCCCAUCUUUCGAGACCGGUCAACCUCCCCAUGCCUGCCACCAGCUCUAUCACCACCACCGAUGCAGCCGCCGGCGCCGCCACAACCUGUCACCACGGUGGCCUCUGUAGUGGCCGCGUCACCUUCUGUCUACACCAUGCCCCGGGUCUUUGGCCCCUUCCCUCCACUGUCUGGCAAGCCGAUGGAGAAACUGGAUAUUUCAAGGUCUGAAGUGAAAUUAAACUGGAAUGGUUUUUCAUCAACAUCAAAGAGCCACAUGGUUGAUCUGACCCCCUUGGUUCUCAACCCCGGAGGCUUCCAUUUCUCCUAUUUGGCAGGAAACAGUGCACACAAGCUCCAUUGCCCUGGCUUUCCCUGGACGCCAGCCUGUAGUGGAUCCUCCAACACUGACAAGACUCCAUCUCCUGUUGUGAAAGCCUCCAUCUUCACUCCACCUGUUCUGCUCAAGUUCCAGCCCGUGCCCAGAUCCAAUGAUGACUCAGAGAAUGACCCUGGCAGUGCAGAGUCCACUCCUGCCAAGGAGAGCCAAUAAUCUCUUUCCAACAGACCAUGCCCCAGGACUGAGUAAAGUUCAUCCUGGUGUUGA